CAUCACAUCUGUGUCUAAACUUAAAAUUACAUCAGAUUCGAAGAAAAACGAUAUGGAGCAAAUUCAAGUCAGCGGAGGAAGUAGCCGAAACGGCGCGGCGCGGUUGGAUACAUUGCCGGAAGAUUGCAUCUCUAUGGUGAUUUACCAUACAUCGCCGCGAGAUGCUUGCGUUGUGGCUUCGGUUUCGAAAACGGUUAAGUCAGCGGCUGAAUCGGAUUUGGUUUGGGAGAAGUUUCUUCCGCCGGACUACUCAUCUCUUGUUCCUCGAUCGCUGGAUUUCUCGUCGAAGAAGGAGAUUUAUCUGUCUCUCGCUGAUGAUUCCGUUCUGAUCGACGACGGCAAAAAGAGCUUUUGGUUGGAGAAAGGUAGUGGGAAGAGGUGUUACAUGUUAUCUGCGAUGGAUUUAAAGAUCACAUGGAGUGAUUGUCCUGUUUAUUGGCAAUGGAAUACUGUUCCUGAUUCUAAGUUUAAGAGAGUAGCAGAGCUUCGUGACGUGUGUUGGUUCGAGAUUUGGGGCAAGAUAAGUUGUGGAAUGUUGUCCAAGGGGACACAUUACUCUGUCUACUUAGUGUUCAAGAGAGCGGGCGGUAGAUCAUACGGUUUCGAAGACACGCCCAUGGAAGCUCAAGUCGGGUUUGUGGGAAAAGAUGCUGCUAGCAAAAAGUUUGUGGUUCUCGAACCAAUCGAUAUGGAUAAGCCCAGUGGUUAUCGUUACACGAGUGUUUCGCUCACGUGGGUGUCUAGAGAGGAUAGGACGAGGCGUCUGAGGGAGGUUGGUGGGAAUGUGGAGGAACCGAAGGUGAGAGGAGAUGGGUGGAGUGAAGUUAAGCUUGGGAAGGUUUACAUUCACGAUGGUGGUUAUGAUGAUGAUGAUGAUGAUGGUGAUGAGAUUGAGUUUUCUAUUAUGGAGACUCAGAACGGGCAGUGGAAGAGUGCUAUGAUUUUCCAGGGAGUCGAGAUUAGACCCAUGAAAGAAGGAGGAGAAAUGGUCAUUACUAAGGGAUCAAAUUCCGACAAUAUCUGAUUUGAAGUAUUGAGAUUAACAUUUUGGAGUUGUUAAAUAUGCAAAGUAAAAACUGUGGACUAUCUCUCUCUUUUGUAUCAAUGUUUGAAUGCCAAGAACUUAAAAACCA